AUGAAGGGAGCAGCAAAUGACCCCAACACAAUAGAAGGAAUGCUGAGCGAGUUUAAAUUAGGAUUUCUAUACACUACAAAUAAGCCAGUUGAUGAAUUAAUUAAGCACAGCCCUGCAGUUCUGGAGCGAAAUAAACACAUUGAAUAUCUCAGACGAAACUAA